AUGUUCGCAAGAGGAAUCACAAAAGCUACUCAAUUAACUUUGAGAAACACCAAGUAAUUUAGCACCAUGGCUGGAUUCUCUGGCUUGAAAUCUUACAGUCAAUUCUUUACCAAAUCAAACAUGAAUUUGAAGAUUGGUUUGUUAGGUUUGAUUGGCGUCGGUAUAGCUGGUUAUAGCACUUCAUAAUCUUAUCACUCUGAUGAAUAUUAUGAAAAGGUUAUUCCUGCUAAUCUUUAAGAAGGUUAAAAAAUAGAUGUCCAAGUAGGACCUAAGGAAGAAGACAGCGUCCUCGUUGCUAAGGUUGAUGGAAAAUAUUACUGUGUAUCUAAUAAAUGCCCUCAUUUCGGUUUCUCUUUGAGUAAAGGUGUCAUGUUCUACGAUAAGGUCGUUUGUCCUUUACAUAAUGCUGCUUUUAGCGUUAAGGAUGGUGCUGCUGAAGGCGGUCCUGUCGUUAAUGGAUUAGAAAAUUUCGAAAUUGUUGAAAAGGAUGGUAACUUGCACAUCAAAGUGCCAAAGGCCAAGUUGAAUGUCCCUAAACCUUUUGACAUGGUAAAGCGUGAUCCUAAUGAUAAACGUAAGUUUGUUAUUGUUGGUGGUGGUCCUGCUGGUAUUAGUGCUGCUGAAACUCUCCGUCAAAGUGGCUACACUGGAUAGAUUACUAUUCUCUCUAAAGAAAAAUUCAUCCCCUAUGAUCGUACUAUUUUAUCUAAGGCUCUUUUCUUCGCUGAUAUCAACAAAUUACAAUAUCGUUCCAAGGAAUUCCUUGAAUCAUAUGGUAUCGAAGUUGUUAACGAAGUAGAAGUUACUGAAAUUGACACCGAACGUCAUUUUGUUUAAACAAAAAAUUAAGAUCAUAUUCAUUUCGAUAAGCUAUUAUUAGCUACUGGUGGAUCACCUAAUAGAAUUCCUGUUGAAGGAGUUAAUUCUAAAAACGUAUUCACUCUUCGUGAAUUUUCUGAUCUUGAGUCUCUUAAAAACAACUUCCAAAGUUCUAAGAAAGUAGUAGUUAUUGGUGCCUCAUUCAUUGGUUUAGAAACUGCUGCAAGUGUUAAAGAUUUCUUAAAAGAUAAAGUCGACAUCACUGUUGUUGAUUAGAGCAAGGUACCUUAUUAACGUGUUUUAGGUAGCGAAGUAGGAGCUGCUAUUAAAAAACUUCAUGCUGACAAUGGAAUUAAAUUCAAUCUUGGAGUUGGAAUCAAAUCAAUUGAAUCAUAAAAUGGAGUUGCUAAAAGAGUUGUUCUCUCUGAUGGAACAUCCUUAGAAGCCGAUAUGGUUUUGAUUGGAGCAGGUGUAAGCCCAAACACUAGAUUUGUUGGAGAAAAGUUAGAAAAAGACAAUUACGGAGCUCUCAAGACUGAUGUUUUCCUCUAAACUUCUCAUCCCGAUGUAUUUGCUGCUGGUGAUAUUGCAAACUAUCCUUACCACUACACUGGUUAACGUGCUAGAUUUGAGCACAUUAAUAGCUCUAUCUAUUAAGGUUCCAUUGCAGCACUUAACAUGGUUGGUCAAAAAACUCCUUGCGGUGAAAUUCCUUUCUUCUGGACUCGUUUCUGGAAUAAAUCUCUCCACUACACUGGCUAUGCUCCUAACUACGAUGAAGUACAUAUUCAAGGUAGCUUAGAUAAGCUUGAAUUUGUUGCUUGGUAUAUCAAGAACGACAGAGUUGUUGCUGUUUCAGCAAUGAACAAAGGACCUGUUGCUAUGGUUGUUAACGAAGCCAUGAAGUAAAAUGUUAUGCCUUCUGGUACUGAAAUUAAGAAUAACAUAGUUAAAUACGAAGAUAUCUAAAAGAGAAUUGCAGAUAGAGGUAGAAACUGCAAGUGCUCUAGAGGUGCUAAUUGUUGCUCUGCUAGAAAAUUACAACAAAAUUAAGCUUCUUAAUCUGCUAAAAUUUGA